CUAAACACCCGACAUCAUCAGGUAACUCACACUUAUCGAUAUGAAUUGGGGGUUAGUUUUCGUAGUCACGUUUGCAAAUCUUUUUGCUUCAAAAUCAACUCGAGCUGAACCCGAGGAGAUUCAGAAUUCCCCCGUCGUUCACACCGAGUCUGGAGCAGUUAUCGGUAAAAUUGAAGUCCUUCCAAACGGUAAAUCAGUGUAUGAGUAUCUUGGUAUCCCAUAUGCAGAGCCUCCAGUUGAAGGGUUGAGGUUUGCAGCUCCAAAGCCCAUCAAACCUUGGACGGGGAUAAAACAAGCCACUGAGUUUGGAGCAACUUGUGGACAACCGGCAUUGAACUAUCCUAAUGCCGGCCUUUUUCAUCCAGGGAGUGAUGAAGAGGACUGUCUUUUCCUGAACGUUUUCGUUCCAUCGACAAUUAAACCCGACGAAAAGAUGGUUGUGAUGGUUUUUAUUUAUGGCGGUGGAUACACGGAAGGUUCCUCUUCUUCGUACCCUGGUGCAGUCUUGGCCGCCUUCAAUGAUGUAAUUUUUCUGUCAUUUAAUUACCGAAUAGGAAUACUGGGAUUUUUCAACGUUCCUGGCACUGAUAUCACAGGAAAUUAUGGGAUGCUGGAUCAGGUUCUGGCAUUGAAGUGGGUUCAAAAUAACAUUGCGAGUUUAGGUGGCGAUCCAAACAAAGUGACCAUAUUUGGUGAAAGUGUUGGGGGAAAUAGUGUCUCCCUCCAUUUAAUCUCGCCAUUAUCCAAAGGCCUCUUUCAAAGAGCCAUCAUACAAAGUGGCGCAGCCUCUUCGCCUUUAUUUUGUGGAAAAGUCACUCAGCCAAAACAGUUGGAACUUUUUGCAAAGGCUAUAAACUGUCCCUUCACUUUGGGGUUAAGUUUGGUGGAGUGUGCACGAGGUAAAUCAGCUAAUGAAAUCAUCAAAGGACAGGAAGGAGUUUCUCAUGCUAAUUAUCAUGGCCCACUUGACAUCUUAGCUCCUGUAGUUGAUGGCCACUUUCUGCCAGAUCUGCCUGAAAAUCUGUUUAACACCGGCAAAUUUCAUUCAGAAGUUGACGUAAUUACUGGUUUCACUGACAACGAAGGUGCUAUGAUGGCCAUGUUCUUGCCACAACUGGUCCAAAAUGGAACGAGUCUGGACACCUUCAAAUAUCUUGUAACGAAAGGAUUGCUUUAUGCUCGGGAAAAGAGUAAACUAAUAGAGGACUUUAUCUUAUUCGAGUAUACUAACCAUGCAGACCCCGAUGACAAGGCUGCCCAUCGACAAUCAUUGAUGGACGUCAUUGGUGAUGCAUAUUUUGUAGCGCCUGCCCUACUUGAAGCCAAUGCUUUAGCAAAGGGAGGGAGGCCGCCAUUUGUAUACGUUUUCGAUUACCAGGCAGUCUUCUCGCCUUUGCCUGAGUGGUUUGGAGCUGUGCAUGGCAUGGAUGUCCCGUUUGUGUUCGGUGCACCUUUUCAAAGCUUGUCGGAACCGAUCAUUGAUAAGCUGGCAUCAAGAUUUUCUGACAUUGAAAAAGGGCUGAGCUUGUAUGUCAUGAAAAUGUGGACGGACUUUGCCAAAUAUGGGUUCUUUGUAGAAUCUUUAGCUUUUCCUGUUCAAACACAUGAAAGUUAUGAUCGUAAUUCAAACACAGUAUUGCACCACGCACCUUAUUUCAAGAGUAAGACUCGACUCCUUCGAUUUGCCUAUCUUGAAUUGAUAACCGGAAGAGGUGAAAUACCGAAAAAGCAUAUGUGUCCCAACGAGACGUUACGUCUGGAAUGUAGAGAACUGAAAUCUUCGAAUGAAUACAUCAAAUGGAAAGUUUGGGAUUCUAACAGCUUGAAAUUUAUUGAGAUUGCUUAUUGCAACAAUUCCCAGAAAUGUACUCUUCUGAGUCAUUCACAGGAGUUUGACGGAAUAAUUGUUAAAGGAGUAUCCAAAGAAAGUCUCAUCAUAAAACGGUCAACACGAGAGGCAAAGAAGAGAAACGUGACCUUUACAUGCGAGGUCGAAUAUGGAAGUCGAACCACUAAUAACCCAGUUGUGAUUGAUCUUUCCACCAAAUGUAUCUGGGCCCAAGAGGGAAGCGAUGUGAACCUGACUCACCACUUAAUCAAGAUGGUGCGGCAAUGGACACGAGUAGAGGACCUUUAUAUCAGAAGUAUGCCAGAUGCAAAGGAAGCAAUUGCGUAUUGCACAAGUACGCAAUGCAAAGUACUAGAUCAUAGCUGGCCGGGGUUUCGAGACAGAUUUAUUCUGAAUAGUAAUGCCGUGAUGCUUAAAGGAAUAAAAGGAGGAGAUGAUGGCCUUGAGAUGAAAAUUGUGAUUCGCUGGAGAGGUGAGCGGCAAGAGCACUUCACGCUCAAGAUUCGCCUGAGAGAAGAAAUACCCGAAGGGACAAAUCGCAUCAAGUCUAACUCUAAUCAAACUUUCACAGAACUGGUUAGAGGCUUUGAAAACUCAACCGUCGUGCAGAUAGAGUCUGGAAAAAUUGUCGGCAAGAUUGAAAGCCUCCCACUUGGCAAAUCAGUCCUCACUUAUCUUGGGAUCCCAUUUGCCGAGCCUCCUGUGAAUGAAUUGAGGUUUGCUGCUCCAAACCAGGCCAAACCAUGGACAGGGAUCAGACAAGCGACAGACUACAAAGCUGCAUGCCCUCAGCCAGAUUUUCCAAUACCUAAUGUCAGAGUUGGAGAAGUGGACGAAGAUUGCCUUUACCUGAAUGUUUUUUUACCGGCAUCCACUACAAAAGCCCGCGACAGGAAAGCAGUCAUGGUUUGGAUUCAAGGCCACAACUUCACAUUCGGUUCCUCGGCUCAUUAUCCGGCCCAUAUCUUGGCUUCAUUGAACGACGUGAUCGUGGUAACUUUUAACUACAGGCUUGGAAUAUUAGGAUUCCUGAACAUCCCUGGCACGGACUUAAAGGGAAAUUAUGGAAUGCAAGAUCAGGUGAUGGUAUUGCAAUGGGUCAAUAAAAACAUUGCAAGUUUUGGUGGAGAUCCCAACAAAGUGACCAUAUUUGGUGAGGGUGCUGGGGGAAUUAGUGUCUCCCUUCAUCUUAUUUCUCCGUUGUCCAAAGGAUUGUUUCAAGGAGCCAUAAUUCAGAGCGGCUUUGCUACGUCACCUAUACUUAGAGGUAAUGGGGCAAGCACUCACACCUUGAAGGAAUUGAAGAAAGUCGCUAAAUGCGGGCCAGACAUGGAACUCACUCGUUGUUUACGGAGCAAAAGCCCGGCGGAAAUUAUUGAUACUCAAACAAGGUUUUCAUCGCUUUUCCCCACUGAGAUAUCAGCAGAAAUUACCACGCCUGUUCCAGAUGGAGAAUUCCUUCCUGAAUUUCCCCAGAAGCUUUUCAAAGAAAGACGAUUUCCUGACAAAAGUGUUAACGUCAUGAUAGGGCUUACUUCACACGAAGGAGCUCUUGAUUUGGUCCUAGAGGCGGGAAAUCUCGCCCAUGUCGACACAAAUGAGUUUGAAUUUACCAUAAAACGUUCACUUGGUCUAUGGCAAAACAGAGAUCGACAUAGAGUUAUAGAAGAGCUGGUCAAGUAUCGAUACACAGACCAUAAUGAUCCUAGCAACAAAACUGCCAUCAGGGAAAUGAUGCUGGAGUUUGAAAGCGACUUUAAAUAUCUAGCGCCGGCAAUGUUUGAGGCCAGUGCUUUAGCGGAGACGAGAGAGAGAACCUACCUCUACGUAUUUGAGCAUCGUCCGGACUUUACGCAGUUCCCGGCAUGGGCUGGGACAGUUCGCGGGAUGGAUGUCUCUUUUGUGUUCGGAGCACCAUUUAAGAAGCUUUCCUCUUUAAUCGACUAUUUCACGCCCAGAUUUUCCGAAAUCGAAAAGGGAUUCAGCCUAUACAUGAUGAAACUGUGGACGGAUUUUGCCAAAUUUGGAUCUCCUACUCCUCCCGGUUCUUCGAAAAUCACAUGGCGACAAUUUACCAAAGACGAGCAGUUUUACGUAGCCCUCGACGUGAAACCGAGGCUGAAGCAACGCUUUAGAGCCAGCCAAGUAGCUUUUUGGAAUGUCACAAGUAAGAUUGGUAGAAGAGGACGCAAAGGAAAGACGACUCCCAGAUCUUAUUUGUAACUAAUCCGAUCCAUUAAAGGAAAACUGAUAACUGACAUAGUAAGUGAAAAACGCUAACGUUAGUUUAAAGCAAAUCGUUAAUUGACAACUCAAAAAGAAAUUCUUUUUUUUUAAUUAUAGAUAACUCCACCGUGUAUACAAUGUGUUUUCAGUUAAAGUGUGUCAAAGACUGAUUAUCAGAAUAGUUGUGAGGGAAACAGACAGAGGGAAAUAGUCUCGGACCGCCGAAAUCUACAUGCUUGGUCGAGUGCCACUUGUUAUAAGCCAAAAAAAAUGGUAAAGGAGUUCAAUUUUCGCGAAUAAUAAUAAUUCCGUAGUUAGGAACUCAUACUCCUGGCAUACUCUCUCUCUUUCUCUUUUAAUAAUUUAGGUCAAUUACAUCUAAUAUCAAAAUAAUCUUAAAUUUUUUGUUUUGUUACGAAACCCUAUAUAAAAAGAAACUGCAUAAGGUGUCUUGAAUAAAACAUUAGUAUGAUUUGAUGCACUGAUGACGCGACAACUUAUUUUGUCUAUGCGAAUAAUUGAUUUUACCAUGAAAGCACAAUUCAAUGUUCCAUCUCUCAUUAAGGUUUAAGGUUGCCAUUUUUCAUUAAUAUAUUUCGUUUUGCCGGCUGACCACCGUCGAAAGCUUGAAUAAAAGCAAUAAUUAAAAGUGUCCAAUUGAUCAACAAUUGCUUUUGACCCGGAAGACGUUGAGGUGCUUUAAAGGCUUUCCUGUAAGUAUGAUAAAGUUCAAAUCGCUGAAAGAUGAUCUGGAGGAAUGGCGAUGAUGAUGUAAAUGAAGAUGUUAAAUUUUAAGUCCGGUGAUCUUUAAAUGAAAGAUAAUGUUAUUCAGAGAUUGGCACAGACAUGCUCGGAAGAAAAGAACUCCCAGUGCUUCCAAUAGGGGUCGAACUUGGGAUAUAGAUAUUCCAAUAGGGGUCGAUCUUCCGGAAAAUACUUCGUAUGCUCUACCACUGAGCUGUAGGAGAAUCGUGGCAAGUUAGGUCGUUUACCUAGGUCCAAGAAGACAACCUUCUUGAAUACCGCUACGAUAGGAAUGUCGAUACGUUAUGCUUCUGCAAAACGACAACGUACUGAUGAAUAGUAAUCGAAAGAUCGUAAGAUCGACGAGUUUGCCUGUGUCAUUCGAUGAAUAACGUAAUCCUUUAACAGGAAUGUUAAAGACAUGAUUGCUCAUACGCAGUCUUACAACGUUUCAGAGCACGCUCACAACACGCUCACGCUGCGAUACCGAGUAAAGGUUGAUAAUCGUGAUCACCAUAGUUAACCACGCAAUGAAAAGAUAGUUACUCAGAUAAGAUUCCACUGGUAAAUCAAAGGUGACAUACAAAUGUAUGCAGUUAUU